UAAAGAAAUUAUUAAUUUUGUGUUAUUUUUGGGAUUUAGUUUCACUCUUUUUUUUAUUCAUUAAAAAUGGCGCCACGUAAUGCUGAACAAGAGAAAGAAGUUCUAGAAUGGAUUUUUCAAAUAUUAGGCGAACCCGUACCAAGUGGUUCUUAUGAGGAUAUUUUAAAAGAUGGUGUUGUAUUAUGUAAUUUAAUCAAUAAAUUAGCACCAGGAUCAGUCAAAAAAAUUCAAACACGGGGUACUAAUUUCCAACUUAUGGAAAAUAUUCAAAGAUUUCAAGCUGCCAUUAAAAAAUAUGGUGUACCUGAAGAAGAAAUUUUCCAAACAGCUGAUUUGUUCGAGCGUCGUAAUAUUCCACAAGUUACCCUAUGUCUAUUUGCUUUAGGACGUAUUACUCAAAAACAUCCUGAAUUUACUGGACCAAUAUUAGGCCCAAAAAUGGCAGAUAAAAAUGAACGUACAUUUACAGAAGAACAAUUACGUGCACAUCAAGCUGAAUUAAGUUUACAAAUGGGCUACAAUAAAGGUGCUUCUCAAGCGGGUCACGGUGGUUUUGGUAAUACAAGACAUAUGUAAAAAUAUAAAAACUUGUUGAAGAGCAUUUAAUUUCAAGUUUAAUUAAUUUAUUGAGUAGUUUAGGAUUUAUUUUAUUACCACACACAAAACAUCACACUUAUACAAAUGACACUCACACAUAACACACACACACACACACACAUCUACACACAUACACAUACACAAACAUUUAAGAGAUAGUUCAAAAUUAAUUGAAAUGAAUUUCAAUUGAAUUUAUACCAACUCUUAAUACACACAUUUACACAAAAACAAUUAAGUUAAAUAGGAAAACUAUAAUUAAUUUAUUUUAAAUAAUUUUUAUACUAAUUAUGUAAAAAUUAUUAAAUUUAAAAAAAGAAUAAUUCUUGCUUCUAAUUCCUUCCUCACUGUUUUAAUUGAAAUUGUA